CAUCUUCUGUAUACUUUCUAGGUUGCGCAGUCUAUAUAGAAAUACAUUAUAUAUACGUGUGUGUAUAUAUAUAUAGACACUCGUAUGUACGGAAUCUUAGUGUAGACUUAUAUCAACCGCCAUUCAAACAUCGAAUUGAAUCGUCCGAACAUCAGUAAAUCCUUGAACCCCGCCGCCUUUGAUCUUCGUUCAAGGGCUCGUUGCUAUCUCCUUAUUCAAACAUGCCAGAUAAUGAAGAACCAAUGAUAAAGGAUGGAACUUCAACUUUAUUCAUCAAGCUUAAGAGAUGGCAAUGGUGGCUUUUGGUGGCUCUUAACAUAUUUUUCCUUCUUGCUGGUCAAUGUGCUGCUGUUCUUCUAGGGAGAUUUUAUUAUGCUCAAGGUGGAAAUAGUAAAUGGAUGGCUACACUUGUCCAAACCGCUGCUUUUCCAAUUCUUCUCAUCCCAUUUUUUCUUCUCCCAUCCUCCAAGAAGCCUUCAUCUGCUUCUCCUCCACCUUCUAUCGCCAUUAUAUACUCGAUCUAUUUCGUUCUUGGAAUACUCAUUGCAGGUGAUAACAUGUUGUAUUCCAUUGGAUUAUUGUACCUCUCUGCUUCUACUUAUUCCCUCAUUUGUGCAACCCAAUUGGCCUUCAAUGCGGUUUUUUCAUUCUUCAUCAAUUCUCAAAAAUUUACUGCUUUAAUUCUAAAUUCCGUGGUUAUCCUUUCCUUAUCUGCUUCUCUCCUUGCUGUUAACGACGAUUCUAGUGGACCCUCUGGAGUCUCUAAGUCGAAGUAUGUCAUUGGAUUUCUAAGUACUCUUGGAGCUUCUGCUCUUUAUUCUCUUUUGCUUUCCCUCAUGCAGCUUUCAUUCCAGAAGGUUUUAAAGAAGGAAACAUUUUCCGUGGUUUUGGAAAUGCAAAUCUAUACAUCAUUUGUUGCCACUUGUGCUUCUACUGUGGGGCUUUUUGCAAGUGGGGAAUGGAACACGUUACACUCGGAAAUGGAUGCUUUUGGUAAGGGCAGAGUUUCUUAUGUGCUGACUUUGGCGUUUACGGCUGUGGCUUGGCAGGUUUGCUCCGUUGGGGUCGUAGGCCUGAUUUUCGUGGUCUCGUCUCUAUUCUCUAAUGUUAUUAGUACCUUCUCCCUGGCUCUUACUCCUAUUGCCGCCGUGAUAGUCUUCCAUGACAAGAUGAAUGGGGUAAAGAUAAUCUGUAUGCUUCUGGCUGUUUGGGGUUUCGCCACUUACAUCUAUCAGAAUUAUCUCGAUGAUUUGAAGGUAAAAAAAGCACAAACUGAUCUAAAUGGGACGCGAAAUGAUUCAUCUUGUUGACCAUUUUUGUGCUAUUGGGUUCAAUUGGCUUGAACUAUUUUUAUUAUUUAUUCCUUUUUCUUUUUCUUCUUCUUCUUCUUCUUUUUCUUCUUCUUCGUUUUUCCAAUUGAAAUGGAUCACAUUAGUACACCAUACAGAUUUAUGGUCUUUAGUUGUCUGUAUUUGAAUUUCCAAUCAAAAUUGUUUUAGUAGUUCUUUGAUCACUCCUUGUUUAUAUGGCUGUGAGAAGAUUGACAUUAGUUUCAUAAAGCUUGUUUCUGUCUA